AUGAGCUUUCCUGUGAUUGCGACAUCAUUUGGAGUUUCCCGAAGUGAUAGCCAAGCAGGAGAGAUGAAAGGUGUUUACCUCCAAUAUGAAGUUAAGCAAAGCUUCACCAUUCGUAGACGUGAAAAUAUUGAUCCUGCCACGGAUUCUAAGAAGCUCAAAAGGAUAAUUGCAAACCGUGUUUCAGCUCCAAAUUCAAGGUUGAAGAAGGUUCAAUAUCUAGAUUCUUUAGUGAAGCGAUCCAUGGAGCUUGAGAGACGGAUAAAGGAAUUGCGUUCCUAG